UGCCAACAUUGCGGAUCAUUUGUCCCCAAAAUGUUUCAGGUAUUUGGUGCAUGUUAUCUCCAAGACCGUUUUUUAUUUUUUAACGAAAAUUCUAAAGAAUUAAUCCAAAACCAGGAAGUGGUAUUUUUAUAUUUUUUCUGAUGCACAUUUAAAUAAAAAGGUGUUCGAUGCAUGAAUUAAAAUUGCCUCCAAGUUAGUUUUCCAGGUGACAAAAGGUGUUUCUUUAACGAAAAUUGCAAUUGAGGCGAACCAAGGGUUGUUAUUGUUAUGUUUAUAUGACGCAAGUUUAAGUUUUUAGAAAAUUAUGACCGUUUAAAUGUGACUAUAUGAAUUUGUUGAUUUAAUUAGUUUGUUAAUUAAAGUGUGGAGACAACUAGUAACAAAAUGGAUCAAAUGUUGCCAAGUCCCGGUUUCAGUAUUCCUAGCAUAGGGACCCCCUUGCACCAACCUGAAGAAGAUCAGAUGAUUUUGCCCAAUGCUCUGCAACAACAGCAGCAGCAACAACCUUCUACCACAUCCCAGUCGCAACAAGUCCCGCCUUUAGCCCCCAUGGGCGCCCUAACGCCGACUCUCGGUUUGGGCAUGGGCAUGUCCAUGCCCCAUACUAAAUACGCGGGAUUCACUCUCCCCAUCACGAGCAUCCAAUCCCAAACACCACAACACACAAUGAUGUCUCCUAUGGUGAAUUUAGGGGGCUCAAGUGGGACAGCAAACACACCCUCAAUGGGGCCAGCAACACCGUCACCCCUCACACCAAUGACCCCACAUUCAGCUGAUCCCAACAUUGUCCCCCAAUUACAGAAUAUUGUAUCCACAGUGAACUUAAGUUGCAAAUUGGACUUAAAAAAAAUCGCCCUCCAUGCACGUAACGCUGAAUACAACCCCAAACGAUUCGCGGCUGUUAUAAUGAGGAUCCGGGAGCCCCGAACCACCGCUCUGAUUUUCUCCUCGGGGAAAAUGGUUUGCACGGGGGCUAAAAGCGAAGACGACUCCCGACUAGCAGCACGAAAGUAUGCCCGAAUCAUUCAGAAGUUGGGCUUCCCAGCCAAAUUCCUCGACUUCAAGAUACAAAACAUGGUGGGGAGUUGCGACGUUAAAUUCCCCAUCAGACUGGAGGGACUUGUUCUCACACACAGCUCUUUCAGCUCCUACGAACCUGAACUAUUCCCGGGGCUAAUUUACAGAAUGGUUAAGCCCAGAAUUGUAUUACUGAUUUUCGUCUCAGGGAAAGUUGUUUUGACUGGGGCCAAAAUCAGACAAGAGAUCUAUGAAGCGUUCGAUAAUAUUUAUCCAAUUUUGAAAAGUUUUAAAAAGCAAUAACUGCAUAUCGCAUGUGUACCGCAUUUUAGUCUUAACUGUUGACUGUAAGUCUUUUAUAUUGAUAAUAGACGAGGAUCGAGAA